AUGGCCCAGGCACUGCUGGUACCCCCAGGACCUGAGAGCUUCCGCCUUUUCACGCGAGAAUCUCUUGCUGCUAUCGAAAAGCGUGCUGCAGAAGAGAAAGCCAAGAAGCCCAAGAAAGAACAAGACAUUGACGAUGAGAACAAACCAAAGCCGAACAGUGACUUGGAAGCUGGGAAGAACCUCCCUUUUAUCUAUGGAGACAUUCCCCCUGAGAUGGUGUCGGAGCCUCUGGAGGACCUGGACCCCUACUACGUCAGUAAGAAAACUUUUGUGGUGUUGAAUAAAGGGAAGGCGAUCUUUCGAUUCAGUGCCACCUCCGCCUUGUACGUUUUAACGCCGCUAAACCCCGUUAGGAAAGUCGCUAUUAAGAUUUUGGUCCACUCUUUAUUCAGCAUGCUCAUCAUGUGCACGAUCUUGACCAACUGCGUGUUUAUGACAUUGAGUAAUCCUCCGGACUGGACAAAGAAUGUGGAGUAUACAUUCACUGGGAUCUAUACCUUUGAAUCCCUUAUAAAGAUUUUGGCGAGAGGGUUUUGCUUAGAGGAUUUCACAUUCCUUCGUGACCCAUGGAACUGGCUGGAUUUCAGUGUCAUCGUCAUGGCAUAUGUGACAGAGUUUGUGGACCUGGGCAAUGUCUCAGCGUUGAGAACGUUCAGAGUUCUCCGAGCAUUGAAAACCAUUUCAGUCAUUCCAGGUUUAAAGACCAUCGUGGGGGCCCUGAUCCAGUCGGUGAAGAAGCUGUCUGACGUCAUGAUCCUCACGGUGUUCUGUCUCAGUGUCUUUGCUCUAAUCGGGCUGCAGCUGUUCAUGGGCAACCUGAGGAAUAAAUGCUUGCAGUGGCCCCCGAGUGAUUCUGCUUUUGAAACCAACACUACUUCCUACUUCAACAGCACAAUGGAUUCCAACGGGACAUUUGUGAAUGUAACAGUGAGCACGUUCAACUGGAAGGAUUACAUCGCAGAUGACAGCCACUUUUAUGUUUUGGAUGGACAGAAAGACCCUCUGCUCUGUGGAAAUGGCUCCGAUGCAGGACAAUGUCCAGAAGGGUACAUCUGUGUGAAGGCUGGGCGAAACCCCAACUAUGGCUACACGAGCUUUGACACAUUCAGCUGGGCCUUCUUAUCUCUGUUUCGACUCAUGACUCAGGAUUACUGGGAGAACCUUUACCAGUUGACAUUACGUGCAGCUGGGAAGACCUACAUGAUAUUUUUUGUUCUGGUGAUUUUCUUGGGCUCGUUUUAUUUGGUGAACUUGAUCCUGGCUGUGGUGGCCAUGGCCUAUGAGGAGCAGAAUCAGGCCACCUUGGAGGAGGCUGAGCAGAAAGAGGCGGAGUUUCAGCAGAUGCUGGAGCAGCUGAAGAAGCAGCAGGAGGAGGCUCAGGCGGUGGCUGCAGCCUCGGCGGCAUCCAGAGACUUCAGUGGGAUAGGAGGGUUAGGAGAACUUCUGGAGAGUUCUUCAGAAGCUUCCAAGUUAAGCUCCAAGAGUGCCAAGGAGUGGAGGAACCGGAGGAAAAAAAGAAGACAAAGGGAGCACAUGGAGGGGAACCACAGAACCGAGGGGGACAGGUUUCCCAAAUCGGAAUCCGAAGACAGUGUCAAGCGAAGGAGCUUCCUGUUCUCUCUGGAUGGGAACCGGCUGACGGGCGAGAAGAAGCUGUGCUCCCCUCACCAGUCUCUCUUGAGCAUCCGUGGCUCCCUGUUUUCCCCAAGACGCAAUAGCAAAACGAGCAUUUUCAGCUUCAGAGGUCGGGCGAAGGACGUGGGUUCUGAGAAUGACUUUGCCGAUGACGAGCACAGCACCUUUGAAGAUAGUGAGAGCAGGAGAGACUCACUGUUUGUGCCGCACAGACCUGGAGAGCGACGCAACAGUAACGUUAGUCAGGCCAGUAUGUCAUCCAGGAUGGUGCCAGGGCUUCCAGCAAAUGGGAAGAUGCACAGCACUGUGGAUUGCAAUGGUGUGGUUUCCUUGGUGGGUGGACCAUCAGCUCUUACGUCACCUACUGGACAACUUCUGCCAGAGGUGAUAAUACAUAAAUCAGCUACUACUGACUCGGGCACCACCACGGAAACGGAAGUCAGGAAGAGAAGGCUAAGUUCUUACCAGAUUUCAAUGGAAAUGUUGGAAGACUCUUCUGGAAGACAGAGAGCCAUGAGCAUAGCCAGCAUCCUGACCAACACCAUGGAGGAACUUGAAGAAUCUAGACAGAAGUGCCCGCCAUGCUGGUAUAGAUUUGCCAAUGUGUUUUUGAUCUGGGACUGCUGCAACGCAUGGCUAAAAGUGAAGCACCUUGUGAAUUUAAUUGUGAUGGAUCCAUUUGUUGAUCUCGCCAUAACAAUUUGCAUUGUAUUAAAUACCCUGUUUAUGGCCAUGGAGCACUAUCCCAUGACUGACCAGUUCAGCAGUGUGUUGACUGUGGGAAACCUGGUCUUCACUGGGAUCUUCACAGCCGAAAUGGUUCUGAAAAUCAUUGCCAUGGAUCCCUAUUACUAUUUCCAAGAGGGCUGGAAUAUUUUUGACGGAAUUAUUGUUAGCCUGAGUUUAAUGGAGCUUGGCCUGGCAAAUGUGGAGGGGUUGUCCGUGCUUCGGUCUUUCAGACUGCUCCGAGUCUUCAAGUUGGCAAAAUCCUGGCCCACACUGAAUAUGCUCAUCAAGAUCAUCGGCAACUCGGUGGGCGCCCUGGGCAACCUGACCCUGGUGUUGGCCAUCAUUGUCUUCAUCUUCGCCGUGGUCGGCAUGCAGCUGUUUGGGAAGAGCUACAAGGAGUGCGUCUGCAAGAUCAACGAGGACUGCAAACUCCCGCGCUGGCACAUGAACGACUUCUUCCACUCCUUCCUGAUCGUGUUCCGGGUGCUGUGUGGCGAGUGGAUAGAGACCAUGUGGGAUUGCAUGGAGGUCGCGGGCCAGACCAUGUGCCUUAUUGUGUUCAUGAUGGUCAUGGUGAUUGGCAACCUCGUGGUUCUGAACCUCUUUCUGGCCUUACUUUUGAGCUCCUUUAGCUCAGACAACCUCGCUGCUACUGAUGAUGAUAACGAGAUGAACAACCUCCAGAUCGCAGUGGGAAGGAUGCAGAAGGGAAUUGAUUAUGUGAACAAUAAGAUACGGGAGUGCUUCCGCAAAGCCUUCUUCAGGAAGCCCAAAGUUAUAGAAAUCCACGAAGGCAACAAAAUAGACAGCUGCAUGUCCAAUAACACCGGCAUCGAGAUAAGCAAGGAGCUUAAUUAUCUCAAGGAUGGUAACGGAACCACCAGUGGAGUAGGUACUGGAAGCAGUGUUGAAAAAUAUGUAAUCGACGAAAAUGACUACAUGUCAUUCAUAAACAACCCAAGUCUCACUGUGACCGUGCCCAUUGCCGUGGGAGAGUCUGACUUUGAAAAUUUAAAUACGGAAGAGUUCAGCAGUGAGUCGGAACUAGAAGAAAGCAAGGAGAAAUUAAACGCAACCAGCUCUUCUGAAGGAAGCACAGUUGAUGUGGCUCCACCCCGAGAAGGUGAACAGGCUGAAAUUGAACCCGAGGAAGACCUUAAACCGGAAGCUUGCUUUACUGAAGGGUGUAUUAAAAAGUUUCCCUUCUGCCAAGUAAGUACAGAAGAGGGCAAAGGGAAGAUCUGGUGGAAUCUCAGGAAGACCUGCUAUAGCAUUGUGGAGCACAACUGGUUCGAGACGUUCAUUGUCUUCAUGAUCCUCCUCAGCAGCGGCGCUCUGGCCUUUGAAGACAUAUACAUUGAGCAGCGGAAGACCAUCAAGACCAUGCUGGAGUAUGCUGACAAGGUCUUCACUUACAUCUUCAUCCUGGAGAUGCUUCUCAAAUGGGUGGCCUAUGGGUUUCAAACCUAUUUCACCAACGCCUGGUGCUGGCUGGACUUCCUGAUUGUUGAUGUUUCUCUGGUUAGCCUGGUAGCAAAUGCUCUUGGUUACUCCGAACUUGGUGCCAUCAAAUCCCUGCGGACGCUGAGAGCGCUGAGGCCCCUCCGAGCCUUAUCCCGCUUUGAAGGCAUGAGGGUGGUUGUGAAUGCUCUUGUUGGCGCAAUCCCCUCCAUCAUGAACGUGCUGCUGGUGUGUCUCAUCUUCUGGCUGAUCUUUAGUAUCAUGGGUGUGAAUCUGUUUGCUGGAAAGUUCUAUCACUGUGUUAACAUGACAACAGGCAGCAUGCUUAACGUGAGCGAAGUCAACAAUUUCAGUGAUUGCCAAGCUCUUGGCAAGCAAGCCCGGUGGAAGAACGUGAAAGUCAACUUCGACAACGUGGGCGCGGGCUACCUGGCAUUGCUGCAAGUGGCCACAUUCAAAGGCUGGAUGGAUAUUAUGUAUGCCGCUGUUGAUUCGCGGGACGUCAAACUCCAGCCUGUAUAUGAAGAAAAUCUGUAUAUGUAUUUAUACUUUGUCAUCUUCAUCAUCUUUGGGUCGUUCUUCACUCUAAAUCUGUUCAUCGGUGUCAUCAUAGACAACUUCAACCAGCAAAAGAAGAAGUUUGGAGGUCAGGACAUCUUUAUGACGGAAGAACAGAAGAAGUAUUACAAUGCAAUGAAGAAGCUGGGAUCCAAGAAACCCCAGAAGCCCAUCCCUCGGCCUUCAAACAAAUUUCAAGGGAUGGUCUUUGACUUUGUAACCAGGCAAGUCUUUGACAUCAGCAUCAUGAUCCUCAUCUGCCUCAACAUGGUCACCAUGAUGGUGGAGACGGACGACCAGAGCAAAUACAUGACCCUGGUUUUGUCCCGCAUCAACCUUGUAUUCAUCGUCCUGUUUACUGGGGAGUUUGUGCUGAAGCUCAUCUCCCUCCGCUACUACUACUUCACUAUCGGUUGGAACAUCUUUGACUUUGUGGUGGUCAUUCUCUCGAUCGUAGGCAUGUUUCUGGCCGAGCUGAUAGAGAAGUACUUUGUGUCCCCUACCCUGUUCCGAGUCAUCCGCCUGGCCAGGAUCGGCCGAAUCCUACGCCUGAUCAAAGGCGCCAAGGGCAUCCGCACCCUGCUCUUCGCUCUGAUGAUGUCCCUUCCCGCGCUCUUCAACAUCGGCCUCCUGCUUUUCCUGGUCAUGUUCAUCUACGCCAUCUUUGGGAUGUCCAACUUUGCCUACGUUAAAAAGGAAGCUGGAAUUGAUGAUAUGUUCAACUUCGAGACUUUCGGCAACAGCAUGAUCUGCCUGUUUCAAAUCACCACCUCGGCAGGCUGGGACGGACUGCUGGCCCCCAUUCUCAACAGUGCACCUCCCGACUGUGACCCCGAUGCUAUUCACCCUGGAAGCUCGGUGAAGGGGGAUUGUGGGAACCCAUCCGUGGGGAUUUUCUUUUUUGUCAGCUACAUCAUCAUAUCCUUCCUGGUUGUGGUGAACAUGUACAUCGCUGUCAUCCUGGAGAACUUCAGCGUCGCCACAGAAGAAAGCGCAGAGCCCCUGAGUGAGGACGACUUUGAGAUGUUCUAUGAGGUCUGGGAGAAGUUCGACCCCGACGCCACUCAGUUCAUAGAGUUCUGCAAGCUCUCUGACUUUGCGGCUGCCCUGGAUCCUCCCCUUCUCAUCGCAAAGCCAAACAAAGUCCAGCUCAUCGCCAUGGAUCUGCCCAUGGUGAGCGGAGACCGCAUCCACUGCCUGGACAUCCUAUUUGCUUUUACAAAGCGGGUUUUGGGGGAGAGUGGAGAGAUGGAUGCCCUUCGAAUCCAGAUGGAAGAUCGGUUCAUGGCUUCCAACCCCUCCAAAGUCUCCUAUGAACCCAUCACCACCACUCUGAAACGCAAACAAGAGGAAGUAUCUGCUGCCAUUAUUCAGCGCAACUACAGAUGCUAUCUUUUAAAGCAAAGGUUAAAAAACAUAUCAAGUAAAUAUGACAAAGAGACAAUCAAGGGGAGGAUUGACCUGCCUAUAAAAGGAGAUAUGGUGAUUGACAAAUUAAAUGGGAAUUCCACUCCAGAAAAGACAGAUGGAAGUUCCUCCACCACCUCUCCUCCUUCCUAUGAUAGUGUGACAAAGCCAGACAAGGAAAAGUUCGAGAAAGACAAACCAGAAAAAGAAAGCAAAGGGAAAGAGGUCAGAGAAAAUCAAAAGUAA